UUUCAUUCGAUUGAAAUCGAUUUUCAGUAGGAUCGGGACAUCAUUUUCAUGUUUUUACUUUGGUAAAAUACUUGAUUAGUUAAUUGUUAUUCGUUUUUUCAAAUUAAUUGUCACAAGUUGUGGUGAAUUGUUUAAUUUUCCUUGAUCUUCAUUAUGCUGGAUCAAUCGACUAUUAUUACUACAUUGACAACUAUCGUUGCAGGUGUUGUCCUAUUCAUUUGGCUUAAAAAAAGACAAUCGUCCAAACAGGUUUUCCUUACAGAUCCAGAGAUCAAGCACAAAGUACCAUUGAUUGCUAAAGAGAAUAUCAACUGGAAUACACGACGAUUCAGAUUCGGUUUACCCACAGAUAAACAUGUUCUUGGUGUUAAUCCAGGACAACAUGUUUACCUUUCUGGAAAUUACAACAAUGAGUUAAUUAUUCGCCCUUACUCUCCAGUGUCCAGUGAUAAAGAGCAAGGAUACUUUGAUCUUGUAAUCAAGGUUUAUUUUAAAGAUCAGCAUCCAAAUUACCCUGAAGGAGGUAAAAUGUCACAAUAUUUGGACAGUUUAUCUAUUGGAGAUACAAUUGAUAUUCGUGGACCAGAAGGAAAACUCAUCUACGGAUCGAAUGGUGAUUUUUACAUAAAGAAAACUAAAAAAUCUCAAGCUGAGAAAUUUAAUUACAAGAAUGUUGGUAUGCUUGCUGGAGGAACAGGAGUGGCACCACUUUACCGAAUUAUUCGAGAGAUUAUCGAUAAUCCUGAAGAUAAAACUAAAGUUUGGUUGAUUUUCGCCAACAACAAUCCAGAUGACAUAUUAUUGAAAGAAGAGUUUGAGGAAAUCGCCGCUAAACAUGGCGAUCAAAUCAAAAUUUGGUACACUUUAGUUAAAGCUGAUGAAGGUUGGAAAUACUCAGUGGGAUUUAUCGAUGAAGAGAUGAUUAAACAACAUAUGCCCCCUCCAAGUGAUGACACAAUUAUGCUAAUGUGCGGACCACCGCCGAUGAUUAAAUUUGCAUGUACACCAAAUUUAGACAAAUUGAAUUACGAUGCAGCUAAGCGAUUCAUCUUGUAAAUCAAUUGUAUCGUCUCUCUGAUCCUGUCCAGUGUUUUCCAGUUUUGUCUAUGUUUUAGUAAAACCAAUACAACAACAUAGUUUACACACUCACAAGAAUUAGCGAUUAAUGUAAUUAAUCAAUGUAAAUCCAAUUUUGUGUAUCAAUUCUUAAAGAAAAAUGUUUUAGUUUUAA